GGCGAGACGGCCAAGCUGCGCGGGGCCGUGACGAGCCUGGCCGCGCGCGAGAAGAGUUCGCCGGCCGACGUGCUGAUGGCGUGCAAGGACGACUUCCAGCAGACGGCGGCGCACAUCGCCGCCAAGUCGGGCCAGACGCGCUCCAUCGACGCGCUGGCCGAGCUGUGCGGCACCCCCGCGCACCGGCAGGAAUACUUCAACAUGGCCAACCGCUUCACCGGCGACCGCCCUGUGCACACGGCUAUGCGCCACGGCUAUCUGGAUGUCCUCAAGGCCCUCGUCCGCCACGGCGCGGAUCCCACGGUCAAGAACCGCUACGGCGACCGAGUCGUCGACUAUCCUGGCGACUACGAGGCGGAAGAGGUGCAGAAGGUUGUUGACGACUACGAGGCGGCGGCAGGGAUUAAGGCUUGAAGUUUGUUAUGAUGGUGGGUGGGGGCUUGUGCCUUUCUUUGUUUGUUCUUUGCUGCAUUUUAGGUUGGACGGGCGGGGACUUGCUUGCCAUGGGUGUUGCCAGGCGUUGGCAUUGUCACAACGAGACACACACGUUGCUGCAUUAAAACGUUGACUAGAUGCACGAGACUCUGCUUACUAGCCUCUGUCUCCAAAUUAUUCAAGCUACCAGUAA